AUGAGUGAACCUAAGAAGAAAUCUAAAUUCGUGAGAUGCCAUAACUGUCGCGAUUUCGAUCAUGUGAGGAAUGAGUGCCCUAGUGCUAAGAGAUUUGAAGAGAAGGCUAUGAAUACUACUCUCACUGAUGACAAGUCUAACUCAAAAAAUCAAAGUGAGAAAUCCACCCAUGAAGAGAGUGGAAAAUAUGUGGCCUUCGUUGCUAGGGGUAAAAGUGGAUCCGAUCAGGGGAGUGAAAAGACAGAGGACUUAGGUAGUAGUGAAGAUUAUGGAGAUGAGAGUGGAAGUGUGGAAGAUCUAGAAACAGUCUACGAUAAGAUGUAUGAGGAAAGCCUCAAGAUCUUAGCCACUAACCAAACAAUGAGCAAGAAAGUGAAAGAGCAUAAGCUAGAUAAAGAACAGUUAGAGGCCCGCGUUAGUGAUCUCACCAAUAAGAAUGAGAUGUCCUCUAGGAGAGUAAGUGAGCUGACCAUUGUGAAUGAGACCUUAGCUAUUCAGGUUAAACACCUUGAGAGAAUAGGCAAGCCGGCUGGAGAUAAGGGAAGUCUAGGUUUUGAUCUAAAUGUUGCUAGUAUAUCACAGACCACCUUUGUUCGUGCUACUGACCAGCCAAACAUUGUGACUAAUCCCAUAACAAAUGUUGUGGAAACUUCAGGAUGUAGGUCUACCAUACGUCAUAGGACUCGUCGACCUGGGAAUAGAAAUCAGCGUAAGCAUAUCAUAGGUCCUAGGUUUAUCCCUACAUGUUUUCACUGUGGAAAGUUAGGUCACAUUCACCCUAAGUAUCAUCACUACAUGAACAAUAGGAAAGACUUGAGCUUGAAAAAGAACAAAAAUCAGGUGUCUGUUGGUCAGAUUGGAUUCCUCACUGAUCAAAUGAAUCGUUUGACUCAAUUAGUGACACAGCUAUCUGGAAACAAUUCUCGCUCUAAACAGGUUUGGGUGAAGAAAAGCGAUCUCUCAAAUUUGGUUAGAGAUCGUGGUACUCUUAAAGGAAAGAGCACUUAUAUACCUACUUGA